CACAAAAGUCUUGAGRCAGCGACGAGAUGGCUAGGGAAAUCUUGGAAAUCCUUGCUUCUCACAUUAAAAAAUAUCCAUACGAUCAGGUUUCUUUCAUCAGCUGUAUUUUAUUCUCYUAUCCUCUUGGGAUUGUUUACCGUCGAUUAUUUCACGCGUCAAACGUUUCUCCACAAACYCGACAAACGGUUGGYUUAGCUUGGGGCGUUCUGUUUGGCUGGAUUUGCUUCAAAUGGCAGUUGUUCAAUAUCAUCGGAACAACAACUUUAUGUUAUUUAUUGACCGUAUACGUACACCCUAAAUAUACCCACAGAGUUGUGCUCGUUGUCUCUCUAGCAAUAUUAUCAACAUCUCAUCUGAUGCGACAGAUCUACGACUAUGGCAGUUACAAACUUGAUUAUACAGGACCUCUUAUGAUUCUAGUACAGAAAGUAACAUACAUAGCCUUUAGUGUUCAUGAUGGAAAAGACGAGAAAGAAGAAGACCUUACACCGGACCAAAAAGAAGAACAACUUAAAGAAGUCCCCCGUCCAUUAGAAUAUUUUGGCUACUGUUUACACUACACUAUGCUGCUAUCAGGUCCAGUAUCUACUUACAGACAAUAUAAAGACUUCAUCAACGGUACAGAGAAAAACAAACGAGAAGAAUCUAAUUUUACACCAGUAUUAAGGAAAUCACUAGCAAGUUUAAUUUGUUUAGUAUUAUUUUUGAAUUUUUCAUCGAGAUUCUCGAUAUCACGCAAUGUAGACGAAUCCUUUAUUAACAAUCAAUCAUUCGUAAGGAGACUCUUGUAUGCUUGGAUUUCCAUUGCAAUUUUACGAAUGCAAUACUAUUUUGCCUUCAAAGCAGGCGAGGCAGUCAAUAAUCUAUGCGGUCUAGGGUUCUCAGGAUAUGACAAAGACGGCAAUGCUUUAUGGGAUAGCAUGGCGAAUGUCAAUAUUUUUAAAAUUGAGUUUGGGCUUAAUUGCAAAAUGGUGUUAGAAAACUGGAACAUAACGACCGUAUGGUGGCUUCGAAGGACAGCUUAUGACCGACUGACAAACCAUCGUACAAUGGGCGUCUUUGUGUUGUCUGCCGUGUGGCAUGGUUUCUACGGGGGAUACUACUUAACGUUCUUUACAAGUCAGUUAUUCGUGGAAGCNUUUUUUAUGUAA